UGUCGUUGGCGAACGAUAGCAUUACAACACCGACUUUUGGCCGAGGGACUCUCGUUUCUGGGCCAUUGAUGAUACCUCGAAGGAGAGUGAUGAGUUCUCUUAGGAAUCAAGUUGUUUGUAUGGCUCCCGAAGAAGAGAAGAUGACCCGCCGCUCCCCUCUUGAUUUCCCUAUCGAGUGGGAGAGGCCAAAGCCUGGGCGUAGACCAGAUAUAUUCCCCCAGUUCAGUCCAAUGAAAACACCACUGCCGCCUCCAUUGCCUGCUGAUCCUCCGGAAGAAGAUGAGGAAGAGGAAGAAAAGAAAGAAGAAGAGGAGGAUCCUGAGAAUGAUGAUCCUGAUAAGCCAGAACAGCAGUCUAAGAUGUAGGUCGGAGUGAAGAGGUUGGUGCUCUGAAUGUUGAACCUUCGUCAUCAUCUAUUCAUCAACAUGCCACACUUUUUGAUGGAAGAUAAUUACCCUUCGCAAUGUGCCACACCUGCAAUGGGUAAUAGGUGGUGCAGAAUGCAUGGAAUAUCAUUUUUUGCAUCACAAGGCUCAGCCGAGUAGAGCUGUAGUUCGCGGCGGUGUUC